AUGUCAACUUUUGCUGAUCGUUAUAACAAUUCUAGUUCAGCACCUAUGUCAGAAUCUGAUAAUGAUGAUGACAAUGAACAGAAUUCAUCUUUUAAUCAACAAAAUGAGAGCAUGAUGCAUAAAGUCAAAGAUGUCGUUUCGAAACUUCUUCAUCCUUCUUUCUUAUUUUCUGCCAGUAAUGAUACAUCUCGUUCGAAACGAAAACGAACGAUAUCGAUUGAAGAAAAUGGUGAUGGAAAAUCAUCAGAUGUUAACAAUUCAAAUACUACUACAACUACAAAUGGUCAUUCUACAACUUCAAAAUCAAAAUAUCAUCGUCGACCGAUAACACGUGAUGAACCACAAUUGACUGAUGAUGAUGAAGACAAUAAUGGUCAAGAUGUAUCUCCUACUGAACCAGAUCUGACAGAAAUCGACCAACAGAAGAAGAGACGUCGUACAGCUAAUUAUCAACAAAUUAAUUCAACAACAACAACUAAUGGUAAUCAUGAAGAUGAACGAACAUCACCACCUUUAAUCGUUUCAACGAAUGGUGCUGGAUCGUUAUCGAAUCGUCGUGGAAUAGAUAAUGGAUUGAAUGGAGCUAGUACGACACCUGUUCUUCUUCAAACAUCUCAUGAACAAAAUCAUAAUGAAGGAAUCAAUCGAUCGACAUUAUCAAAACAACGUUUUAAUAUACCAUCAAUCAAUCGAGGAUUAACACCGUCUUAUGAUCCAUCUCAAUCACCUUUAUUUUCUGUUGGUGCUCGAAAAAUAACUGAAACAAAUAUGUCACCUAGUCGAACUACAACAAAUCUCAAAUCAAAUACGAAUGAAUUCUCCGCUAAUUAUUUAUUAGCAACAGGUUUAGUCAAUCGAUCUUUAGCAACACCAAACACUGAACAAUCUCCUUCUUCAACAAAUCGAUUGCUAUCCAAUGAACGACAAAUGUUCGGUGUUAAUUAUGCAUCAAUUAAUUCACGUCGUUUACCAUAUAUAGAAAGACUUCGACGACGAACUUUACAAGAUUGUAUACGUCUUAAUCGAACACUUGAGAGUGAACCUUUAUCGAUAUCAACAAUCGAAGAAUACACAUCAACAACAUCUUCUCCAGUACGAAAGCCACUAAAAGCAGCAGAAAAAGAAUGUGGUAUUCAAUGCAAUAUUUCAACUACAGAUAGUUCAAUGGAACCAAGUAAAAAAAUUCAACGUACAUUUCCACCUGCAGAUAUUCGAAAUGAAGCAUUAUCAGUACCAACUAUGGAAAAAACGCAAUCAAUCAAUCAAACAGAUUCAACAAUUCAAACAAAUAGUUCAAUUACUAUUGAAUCAAAAAAACCAACAAAUGAUAUUAAUAAACCAAAAGUACUCGGUCAUAUUACACCAUUUUCAUGGCCAAAAUUUGCUCGAGCACAAACAGAUUUUGCACAAAAAUAUCCUGAAAAAUGUCGUGCUAAUCCUUUACCUAGUCAAUCACAAAAAACAACUACUAUUGAAAAGCCAGUUGUUCAUAAUAAUAGUUCAUCAGUAAUUUCUCAAUCAAAUGCAAGUAGUAGUAGUACUGUACCGAAAGUACCAAUAUUUGGUGUUUCACCACCACGUUCUACUAAACCAAUUAGUGGACCAAUUUGGAAAUGUCCUUCAUGUUCAAUGGAACAUCCAUCUCAAACAGCAUCUUGUUCGCUUUGUCAUGGAAUUAAUCCAAAUUAUAAACGAUUGAGUGCGAUUGAACCAACACCGCCACCAUCGUCUUCAUCAUCAAAGAAACUAUCCGAUGUUAUUAUUCUUGAAGAACCGACGGUGUCUAUACCAGUGACAACUACUACUCAAGCAACUGUUCAGUUUGCAGCAACACCAAUUACAACGUUUACACCAACAAUAACUAAAGAAAGUACUCUUUCAUUUGCACCAUCUGUGACAACAACUGCUCCUGUGAUUACUACUCCAUUGUUUGGUACAACAUCAACAUCUACUUCAUUAACUACUUCUGGUACUCUUCCAUUAUUUGGAACUACAUCAUCAGUCAGCAAAGAAAAUCUUCUUACAAAUUCACCUGCAAUUACUAGUACUCCAUUUCCUGCAACAACUACGCCUCUAUUUGGUACAUCAACAAAUACUUUAGAUAAACCGACAAUAACUCCUGCAAAUAACCUUUUUCAAAUUAAUACUAAUAAUCCUCCAAUAUUUCCAGCAUUCGGUUCAGCAACAAGUACCAACACUACAACAACUAGUAGUUCAAAUACACCAUCAACUAUCACAGCAACAACAACAACAUCAUCAUCAUCAUCACCAAUAAAAGUACCAGCAACUAUCUCAUUUGGAUCAUUUAGUAGUACUCCAUCUACAACUGCAGCUACUUCUAUUUCUUCAACAAUAUCAUCCGAUAAGCCAACUCUAUUUUCAUUUGGUACCAAUGCUUCAACGUUAUCAUCAACACCAUCAUCAUCAACAAUGACAACAGCAGCAGCAGCAGCAGCAGUAUCAACUUCUUCAACACCUUCAAAUUUAUUUGCUUUUCCAGCUAAUGCAACAGCACCAAUCACUACAACUACUUCUUUGACAUUACCAGUUUCUUCAACAACAAGUGGAUUCUCAUUUGCAAACAGUUUUCCAUCACAAUCAACAUCUUCAAUUGCAACAACAACAAAUACAGCAACAACAUCAGCUCCAUCUUUAUUCGGUAGUGGUUCAUCAUCAUCAUCAUCAGGUUUUAGUUUUCCAUCAGCAGGAGUAACAACAACAACUACAUCAAGUAGUGCACCAUUCGCAUUCGGUGCAAGUAGUCCAUUAAAACCUUUUGCUCCUUCAGUUAUAUCAACAAGUAAUACAACUUCAACAUCUGCAUUUGGUGCAAAUGCGUCAUUUGGUACUGCUCCAUCAACACUUGAUAAAACAUCAACUUCAGUUCCAUCAUUCUCAGGUUUUGGUUCAACAUUAAAUCCAUCAUCUUCGUUUAGUUUUGGAGGGACACCAAAUACAACUACGAAUCCUAUACAAACAUCAGUUGCAUCAGGUGGAAUAACAAGUGGCUUUCCAUUUUCAGCAUCAGCAACAACAGCAGCAGCACCAGCAGCUGUACCUGCAUUUGGUUCUACUCCAUCUACAUUUUCAUUUGGUGGAACACCAUCAUUUAGUUUUGGUUCAAGUUCAAGUUCAACUGCUCCUUCAAGUAAUUCACCAUUCCAAUUUACUGGACAAGCACCACCACCAGCUGCUAAUACGUUUUCUACUGGUUUUUCUCCUGCUACUGCAUCACCUGCAACACCUGAAUCUAAUCCUUUCAGUGUUGGUGAUGAUGGUGCUGCAAAUAGACGUCCUGUUAUUAAAGCUAAACGUCGAGCUAAACCAUAA